AUGGGUGUAUCGUCCAGCAAGUUUGUGCUGCUAAUUAUGGACGACAUGCUCGCCAACGAUCUCCAAAGAACGGGCCCUAUCGUCAUUGCAAGAGGCACGCACGCGUUUAAGGCGUCGCCGCAGAAGGACCUCACUCUGGCCAAGCCAAGCGGUGCCAUCAAAUAUGGGCUGAGCAGUGGCUUUGCCCUGGGCUUAGGCAUCCGAAAGAUCUCGCUUCGACCAACGCAAAACGUGCGACUGUAUAACCGCAUGGUGCCAUGCAAGGCGGUGCUACAAGGUCUGUUGGAAGUGCCAAUGCUACAGACGGACUACCCCAUCUACAAUGUGUUUAGCGAUAUAGAUGAUAUGGCAUUAAAACCCGAGUGGCAGUAGCAUUGC